GUGGCUCCGGCACCUUCGUGAGCAAGCCGCAGGUCACCCCUAGGUUGAGCCCGCGCUCCACGAGCCAGGCAGAUCUGGCCAAGGACGGUGCUCAAGGGCGACCUGCUCGCUCCGAGAUCGCCGAGAUCGCGGAGGUGGGUACUUUGCCUAAAGCGACAGAGGAGUGGCUCUCGUCCCUUCCCAACUGGGUCUGGCGUGGGGUGAUCCUGGUGCUGUGCAUGUUGUGGGCCACCAAUUUUGCGGUCAUCAAGGAGAUCACGGCCCAGCCGGGCGUCACCACGCAGAUGUACGCCGUGUCGCGCUUCACCGUCGCCGCCGGGCUACUGUCACCUUGGAUCUCCCAGGCCUCGUCGCCGAAAGUGCUCGCUCGGGCCGUGGAGUGCGGGGCGUGGAUCGCCUUCGGCUACAUCGGCCAGGCCGUUGGGCUCAUGACCACCACAGCCUCGAAGUCCUGCUUCAUCUGUACGCUAAACGUGGUCUUCGUGUCGCUGAUUGUGGGCAUCACCAAGAGGAAGUUUGAUCCCCAGACGGUGAUGGCGGCUGCGCUCGCCGUCACCGGCGUCGGGUUUUUAGAGUUGGCGGGGUCGCAGCAGUUCGUCAUCGGCGAUCUGAUCUCCCUCGCCAUGCCCAUCGGAUUCGGCAUGGGAUACAUUCGGCUGGAGGAGAUCAUGGCUGAGAACCCCAAGGAUGCCCUGCCUGUGACUGCCGUGAAGUUGGGAGUCGUGGCAGCGGCCUCCUGGGCCUACUACGCGCUCACCACGGGCUCCCCAGACCUCGAGCCGGUCCUGGCCUCGUCGACGGCGCUGACGGGCAUUUUGUACACUGGGCUGGUCACCACUGGUUUGGCUCUGGUGGUGGAAUCUGUAGCCUUCCGUUUCAUCGAUGCCACCUCGGCGUCAGUGAUCUUCACCACGGAGCCCCUUUGGGCAGCAAUCUUCGCUGUUUGGCUGAUCAACGAGCCCUUCUCGGCAGUGGAUGCCAUCGGAGGCGCGUUGGUCAUCGGCGCGAACGUGAUCAAGGAGUUGCCAGACGAGAGCCUCCCUUGGAACACGGCGACGAGAGCGGCGAAGACCGCUGACUGA